AUGGACUCAACAUACAUGGCCUCGGUACAACAGCCGUACGCCUACUACGAUCAACAGAGAGGCCACUACCAGUCAGACGUCCCAUACUACGGACAAAUGCAGUAUGGAGCCCAAGAGCAACCAGUCUACUCUCAGCCCGUGAUGAACAUGCACCAAAUGGCCACUACCAAUGCCUUCCGGGGAGCUACAAUGAGCUUGACGCCCAUUGCCUCUCCUCAACCAUCACAAAUGAAGCCCACCAUCAUUGUGCAGCAAGGAUCUCCCGCCUUGAUGCCAUUGGAUACUCGCUUCAUUGGCCACGACAUGUACUCGUUCCCUUCAACUCCUCCACUUUCGGCCUCGGGAAGCUCUAUCAGCAGCCCUCCAUCUGCCAAUGGCGCACUGCCCACUCCAAUCACCGACACAUUCUUCAGCUUUGACAAGGUCGAAGGUGUGAAGGAAGGCUGCGAGACCGAGGUUCACCAGGAAAUCCUGGCCAACCCCGAAUGGGCGCGCUCUGACUCGCCCCCAAUGACGCCUGUCUUCAUCCACCCUCCUUCUCUCAUUCACAGCCACUCGGACCUUCUGUCUGCCACUUCUUGCCCCUCGCUUUCCCCCUCCCCCUCUCCUGUCCCGACCGACAUUCUUGCCUCACAGACUCUCGGGUCUGGUCAGUCUUUCUGCGACCCUCGUCAGCUCACCGUUGAGCCCUCGGUCAAUGUUCCCGCCCAGGAUCUUCCUCCCCUGCCUACUCUUUCCUGUGAGGAGGAGCAGCCCCGUGCUGUCGUCGGCAGUGCCUCGGUGACGCUUCCCGUCAACGAGAACCCGUCUCCUUCUUUCAGCACCUCGACCCAGGACCCCCUCAGCGGUCUGCCCACUUUUGACAGCUUCUCAGACCUCGACUCUGACGAUGAGUUGAACCGCCUCGUGGAAUUCCACCCUGCCACCAAUGCGGUGUACAUGGGUGACAAGCGUCAGCGCGUCCAUGCUUACCCCGUCGAGGAUGAUGGCUUCCUGAGCGAGCACAGCCUCGAGGACACUGAUGACUCCGACACCUUCAUGCACAAUGGUCUCCCUACUUUCGAGUGGACCCAGGCCCAUGCUCACCAUGAGCAUGAGCAUGAGCAUGAACAUGAGGAUGAUCUCAUCGAGGAGCCCAAGACCAAGAAGCGCAGCACCCGCAAGACCCGCAAGAGCAUCGACGAAGAGGCUGAAGCCAAGGCGCAGGCCGCCUGUGACUCCUCCGCCGACUGCUGCUCUGACGACGGAUCGGUAGAGGACUCCUCCGAGUCAGCUCCCGUUUCUGUCAACCGCCGCGGACGCAAGCAGUCCUUGACUGAGGAUCCUUCCAAGACCUUCGUCUGCACUCUUUGCUCGCGUCGCUUCCGCCGCCAGGAGCACCUCAAGCGCCACUACCGCUCUCUGCACACUCAGGACAAGCCCUUCGAGUGUAACGAGUGUGGUAAGAAGUUCUCUCGCAGUGACAACCUUGCCCAGCACGCCCGCACCCACGCCGGUGGUUCCAUCGUCAUGGGUGUCCUCGACACUAGUGACGCUGGCUCGGUCUCAUACGACGAUCAGCAUGAUGCUGGCGCCUUGGGUCAAGUCAUGUACGAGACUUCCCAGACCGAGGUCGCUGGUACACCCCCCGUGGACCGCCGUGCGGCCAAGAAGCGCAAGCGUGACCUGUAA